AAGCCUGUCGCAAAUCGCAGGUGACAGCUAGAUAAUCUCUCAAACCUGACACAGUUGUGGUCGUUAAAACUAAUUUUCCCGGUUUUUCAAAUGUGUUACAGAGCAUCGGUAGUGCUUUUAGUUUAAUGAGAGUAAAUCCGCGCACUCGUCGGGUUUGCGCAGUUGAAGUGGAUGUUGAUGCAGAUGGAAGAGCAUCUGUGCUAAAAACAAACGCUCUGCUCAAGCCCACAUUCCUUUUCUAAUGCUGUUAUUCGGAUUUGACACUUUUCUCACGCAUGAUCGCAGUGUUGAUCUUAAGAGAAAUUCAGGACGUGGAGAUGGGAUUCGUUCAGCAGAUCCUCAGUUUGAAUUUGGUACCGAGGACAAAUGCAACCAACUGCGGGAGGAACGACACCUCUCUGUGCGAUUUCUCCGAGAUGUGGUAUGGGGUGUUCCUGUGGGCUGUUGUGUCCUCAUUGAUGUUCCACCUCCCUGCCGCCCUCCUUGCUCUGGCAACACUCCGCAGACAUAAGAUGGCACGAUUUUUCCCAAUCGGCAUCCUGCUCAUGGCUAUCAUCGGCCCGCUCUUUGGAGGGGUUCUCACUAGUGCAGCUAUAGCAGGAGUCUAUAAGGCGGCUGGGAAGAGCAUGUUCUCCUUGGAGGCGUUGGUGUUUGGAGUGGGACAGUCGUUGUGUGUUUUUAUCAUUUCCUUCUUCAGAGUGCUGGCGACCCUGUAGCACUCAGACAUUGGCACACCAGGCUGCCGUCACGAGGAGAGUCACCUGGG